AUGCUGACAGACAGGAUGAACCAGGGGGCGACUCUGGUGGCAGCUGGUGGGAAAAUCAGCGAUGGCAGCGCGACGAAUGGAAAUGGCAAGGAGAAGGCCGUGACGGAUGGCACGGAGGAGGGAAAGCAUCCCACAUCUCUGCCUGGUCGGCCGAUGACUGGCAAAGCACUGGCGAAGAGAGCAAGGGCAGCUGGGACAGACAGCAGGAUGGACGAAACGACUCCGGCACCUGGCACGGUGAUGCGCAAUGGCACAGCUGGCAAUCCCAUGAUGGACAGCAAAACAACAGGCAACACAAUGAGCGAGGAACCAGUUCGGGAGAUCAUCGCGACAAUGUCUGGCGUGCCGGUGCACGGGAGCAGAACCGAAGGCACGGGAAGAAGCUUGUCAUUCAGGGAGCAACUUUCUCUCGGCUCCGGCGCAAUAGCUUCCCGACGAAGCCGACGAGGAAUGUGGGGCCAACAGGUCCUCGAGAUGAGAGGAAAGCCAGGAAAACAGCCCCCAUGA